ACAGUGGCGGGAAUUGAAAAUAAUAAUAAAAAACGAACCACACUGUUUUGGCUCGCCAGUCGCCAUUAAUCCCUAAAUUCGUAGUUAAAGGAAGUGAUUAUUGCCGGCGGUUGUUCAUCUCCGGCGUCGUUUAAAAAUGGAGAAAUAUUUGGUUCCUCAAAAACCUAGUUCUCAAAUCCCUAAGCGAGUUCGGAGAACUGAAUGGGAGAGGAGCCUUAUAGAAUUGAAAGGGAAAUUUGAACCAAAUUACCGCCAUUAUCUUUCGUCUUUGCUUAUCCACUCGUACUCUCAGAUUGGAGCAUUUCCACAUUUAUAUCAUAUUGCUGGAGUUCCAUGCCUUACACAUCUGGAACGGAUUAAUUUUCCCGUGUUAGAAGCUCUAGUUGGAAGUACAUUUAGGCGCGGCAUCUCUUCUCUUCAAUUUGAUACUAAGGGAGUUUACUUAGUAUCCGUCUCAAACAUUGGGUGCUUAACCGUGCAUGAUUUUGAAUCUCUCUAUUGCCAAGCUAAUAGCUUAUUGCCAUCCUCAGUAGAAGAUGAAAACAAGCAUGUGUUGCACCUUUUUUUGGAUCGACAACUUGAUGUUGUUCGGUGGAAUAUUGCUAAUCAAGAUGAGGUUGCUUGCACAUCUAUCAAAAGCAAUGCAAUACUCAUUUUUGACAUUGCUUAUAUUUCUUCUGAUCCGGUUGAAGUUCUAAGAACCAGGCGUAUUGCCACUGUUCAUGGCUCUGAAGUACGUAAUGGUCUAACUGAUAUAGCUUUUACUGCUUUGGACAAAUCAAGAUUAAUUGCUUCUGAUAGCAAUGGCAAGGUUAAUGUAUGGGAUAGAAAAAUGGGCGUUCUUCCAUGUCUUGAGCUUAUAACAAAUUGCAGUGGCACUAUCAACAGUAUCCAAGUCAAUGUAGACAAUCAGAUGGUCUUUGGGGCUGGUAGGGAUGGAACAAUAUAUAUGUGGGAUUUACGUGGAGGAAGAGGGUCUGCUCCCUUUCAAACUCACAAAGAGGUGUGCCAUCUGCCCUUAACUAGUUGGAAGAUAGCAUCAGCGCUGGAGAAAAUCGGAGAUCUGAAGGCGCAAUCAGCUAUUGUCCCCAAAGAAGUGCACUCUAUUGAUUUUGAUCCAUCUUUCCCAAAUCAGCUGGCAUUUCAUCUCGAUGAUGGUUGGUCAGGCGUUCUGGAUAUUUACAAGGGCCAAGUCACGCACGUUCACUGUCCUCCUCCAGCUUGGUUACAUGACUUGAACGGUCACACGAAUACGUUAUCCUUGAGAAAACCAUCAUGGCUUCCAACUUAUUCUAUCUAUGCAAUUGGAGCUUCAACGGACAAUGGAAUUCAUCUUUUAGAUUUCUAUCCUGACUCUAACUCUCCUUGUCAUGUGGAAUACAUUGGGGAUGUGGAAAGACAUUCUUCGGCAAAUAAACGAAGCAAGCAAAAUAAGUUUGUUCCAUUAACUGAAUCUCCAAAUGCUUGUGCUGCCCAUCCCAUCAAUGGAACCAUCGUAGUUGCAACCAAGAACUCGUCUUUGCUGGUUGUAUCCCAACAGAAGCAAUGUGUUAGCCCUGAUAAUUCGUAGAGCGAGGAAGAUCCAAUUAGUAAGAAUGUUUCUACCACCUCGUUUCUCUUUUGUAGUUUAUAUAGUUGAAAGAGUUGUGAUGUUCUUCUUGAAUCAAGAUAUCUUGGGGAGUAAGUAAGCGCAGGAUUUAUCGUGGUUAGGCGCACAUGAACACGGGCCUAUGUCUGUAAGCCCAUUUUAACAUUUGCAAGGGCCCAACUGUAUAGCCAGGAAUAGAAUAUUAGGAUUUGGUGUAGUCAAAAUGAGGUCAUAGGAUAGAAGUACAAAAUUCACGGGUGAUGUCUGUCAUAUAUAUGACUGAGCAAAGGCUGUAUAAAUGAGUGAUUCGUGACAAAUAUAGGGUUACCCAUGUGAAACUUCAUUAUACAAGCCGUAGGGCAGUAGUAGUAUCCUAAUUUCUUACGGACUAA